AUCGAUAACCCAGGGAGCCUGCCAUCAACAAACAGACGUGCUUUUUUUCAAAUACUAUUACAUGUACAAGUGUGUAUAUAAAAAUUAUUUUUGUUUUUGAAAAGGAAAUAUAUAUACAAUGACAACAGAAAAUAACACAAGCAAUGGCCUCGAGGAUAUACAGUAUCUGCUGCAUCUGGAAUCCCUCAAGCGCUACACAGAGCAAGCAAAAAACAUGCACCGCCAAGCAGAAGAGCAUGCGCGCCAUUUUGUCGACGCCAAACGUGAAUAUCAGCGGGAAUACACAAGCCUAGUCAAUUUGAGCAAACAUGUCGAUCUGCGUGAGAUACUGGAAGCGAAGAGCACUGAAAUAGCCGCUGCACAAGUGUCAAGCCUACCCGCCCAGCUGGAUGGAAUAAGCGCCGCCCUUUCCAAUGACAGACGACCAACGGAAUUUGAUGUCCAAACUCUGGAGGAGUGCAAACAGCAGCUGCAGAGCAAUCAUCGACCGCGGACAAAGCUAACGAAUCAACAUAAAUUCACCAAGAAUCGGGAAGCGUUUAAAACGCUACACACCAUGAUCAAGAGUGUGGAAAAUGGCUUUCAGCUGUCUACAUUGGCGGCAAUGGAUCAAAUGAUCAUCGAUCCCCAGCGGCCGAAUCAAUAAUUUGUAAUAAAUUACUUUUUAAAUGCAAAAAACA